AUACCUUUCCCUUUUCUCAAAUUGCUUUCUUCUUUAUGAAUCCAAGAACAAAACCUUUCUUAUCCUAAGAGUUUGUAACUAUAUAGUAAACCUUGAAUCUUAGACCUUAGCUCACAAAAAAGGCUACAGUUGUUUCGAAACCCGAUACCAAAACAACAAUAAUGGCUGUUUAUGGAUACGAAAUGGAUGAACAUAGAGCUUCUUCAUCGAGACGACGAAGAUCUUUGUACCACAAUCUAGGAGGAGGGAGAUUUGCUGAUAUAAUGUUCUGGAAGAACAAGAAAGAAUCAGGAACAAUCUUGGCUGUAUUCACAUUGAUAUGGUUCUUGUUCGAAGUGGUUGAGUAUCCUUUUAUAACAUUCCUCUGCCAGAUCCUCUUGAUCUCUAUUUUCAUAUUCCUCAUUUGGUCGUACAUUGGCUCCUCACAACUAAUCAAGAGAAAACCUCCAAGUAUCAAUGAUCUAAAGGUUUCGGAAUCUACUUGGAGAUUCUUGUUCACCAAGAUAAACUGGUUCAUCAUCAAUUUGCAUGAUAUCUCAAGUGGCAAAGACUUCAGACUCCUUUUUCUGGCCGUUAUUUCACUGUGGAUAUUAUCAGUGGUUGGAAACUAUUUCAGCUCUUUAACUCUGUUAUACAUUGUAUUUGUGGGUUUGGAGACAAUACCAAUGUUGUAUGAGCUAUACGAAGAAGAACUGAGUUACGCAGCAAGUAAAAGCGGGAGGGACAUGAAGAAGCUCCUAAACAACUUCAACUCCAAAGUCAUUAACAAGAUUCCUAAAGCUCAAUCUAAAAGUAGGAAGACUAUGUAAACUUUAUGUGUAUAUAUCAAAUCAUCUGUAAAAAUUUGUCACAUUUAUAAAUCACACUAAAUACCAUUUCACCUAUUUUUCUUUCAAA